CUUCAGACUUCUUGGCCCGCUCUUCCAUUUCCAGGUGUGUAUGAGAGAAAGCCGAUCCAAAGGCUACACCGACAGCAAGUGCUGGGUGACUCCCAACCAGAGAUGCCAGAUCGACAAGGCAAUAUUUCCUUGGAUACAAGCUAAAAUUUCCCUUUUCAACCAAGAACUUCCAUAUUUCUUACGUUUAGGAAUUAAGAUCAUACAAAACACUAAAUUAUUUGUACACAUUCAGGGUCAAAAAUACGAAAUUAUUUAUUCACAUUCAGGGGCAAAAAACGUAAAAGCUAAUAUUUCUCUCCAUAAUUUUCCCUUUUUAGCGAUUUUUCUUCCGUCAUAGUCAAAAUUUCUCUAAAACAGAAAUUUCCCUGCAUCUGGCACCUCUGCUCCCAACUCAAGCUCAAGCUCAAGCUCAAGCCAGCAGUCGCUAGACCUUAGCUAGAUAAUAUACUGUUGCCAAUCAAGUUAGAGAACUCUCCCCUUUCUCCCUACCUUUGUCUCUCUUUUAAUUAACUUAACCCUAACCAAACUGGCUAAUAUGACUUUGUUGAGGUGACAUGUUCCUCAGAACACUUCUGACCAACAGUGCAGUUAAGUUAGGUUAGGUUACGUUACACGGUUAGAGAGAGAGAGAGGGGGUGGAAGAGAGUCUGGCUAAGACUGCUGGCAACCUACAAAUCGCGCCAGCUGACAGCCCAGUGACGGGAUACCUUCUCUUCGGCAUUGCCAUAGUUUCAUCCUGAAGGGAAUUUUGUGUCCUGCUUCCCUUCAGUGUUACGUUCAGGACGUUCAGCUCUCUGCAGAAGGAAAGCGUUGUUAUUGUUAGGGCCGCGAAGAAGGAAAGCGUGUUUGUUUUGCUUGUGAAUCUGUCAUUUUGAUCUUGGUGCUCGGGUGGCUCGGGAUCACCACAGUCACCACUGAUUCUAUUAUAAGCUAUGGCAAGAAGGAUGUGAAUAACAAGACGACCUUUUAGCACUUGUUAUAGCACAGUAACACCGUGAUGGGGAAGCUGAUUCCAGACUGUAUUAUUGUUAUCAAGACCAGCGUGUAGCGGCACUCCUGACCUAUCUAUAGCAUCAGUAGCAAGAUUUAGUCUACAAUGUCAUACCGUAAGCUUAGUUCGCUGCCCCUCCAGGAUUAUGUCAAGUCCAGCUUAUCCAAGACAUCACUCAGGACUGUCAAGGAUGUCUUGCUGUUGUCACCACUCACAGUGAUGAAUAUGCUUCACCUGAGUGCUGACCAGUGCAAGGAAUUAAUGGACUACCUCUUCAGCCUGUGUGUUCCUCCAAAACUCAGUGCCUAUGAGAUGGAGGAAAUGGAGCAGCACAACAGCAUCCCUCUGGGCAGCAAGGCCCUGGACACACUCUUGCAUGGCGGCCUCUUGUCUGGCUCGCUCACUGAGUUUGUGGGUCCCCCCGGUGUUGGCAAGACUCAGUGGUGUCUGUACAUCACCACCAAGUUAUUGACUGCUGCCAGGGGAGGAGUCCACCCAUCAGCAAUAUACAUAGAUACAGAGUCUGCUGUAAGGCCUGAGAGGAUUGUGGAGAUGAUGACAAACAGAUACCCAGAACUUUCAUCAGACAUUCCACAGCUCCUCUCCAGAAUUCACAUGUUUCACCCUAAGACGGCCGCCUCCAUGCUGGAAAUACUGGAGUCCCUGGAGUGUGUAGUGGUGGAGAAGGACGCUGGAGUGGUAAUAGUGGACUCCAUCGCCUCCAUGGCUGUCUCUCUGUCGUCUACGCAGCCCAAAGCCAGCCAGCUGUCCUCCUGGGCCUCCAAACUCAAGUCACUGGCUCACCGACUAAAUAUCUGUGUCGUCGUUACCAACCAGAUCACUACAGUGCAUGAGCCAGUUCCGUCUGAGCUGUCCCUGGGCGGGGAGCCUCGGCCGCAUCCCCGGCAUCAGGUGGUGGACGGGAGGGAGUCUGCACUGAACCAGGAAGACAGAGAGGUGGAUCCAGCAGCCCCUGAGCCACACGUACUGGACCACAUGGGGGAGGGCAAGUCUGGCCGAGUGUGUGCCAUCCCGGCUCUGGGUAACACCUGGACUCACUGCAUCACUACACGACUCAUCCUGCAGUACUGUGCAGACUCAGCAGCCAGGCAGAUUGUGAUUGCUAAGUCUCCAGUUUCUCCAUUUGCUGUCUUCAGCUACAUCAUCACACAAGGCGGCAUCACCAUUCAAGAGAAGGAUUGCUGCUACUCUUACUCUGGACAAGACCCAGGCCAGUUCAGGAUCCGAGUGCAGGAAGGCAUACCUCUGGACACGGCCUGACACACUUACCCACUUGACCUCCCUUCUGCCUUCCUCUUGAAAUAAACUGACAACUACUC